AUGGCGCAAUCUAACAAGGCGGUGACCCCGCUUAUCAUCAAUAAUGAGUCCAUUGAGACAGAUAUCAAAUUCGAGGUCCACGCCCCCGCCACUGGCGAGUUGAGUGGCUAUUGCGCCGGUGUGUCAGUCGACGAUGCCAACCGUGCAGUCGAUAGUGCCCAAGCCGCCUUUCCCGCAUGGAGCAAGACCAAGGCACAUGAGCGUCGCGACAUCCUGCUGAAGGCCGCCGACAUUAUGGCCUCGCGAAAGGAGGAAUUGAUCCAGUAUCAGCGCGAGGAGACCGGUGCCGGCCGGCCUUUCUCAGAGUUCACCUUCAAUAUGGGUGUGCUCUUCAUCAAGGAGUUCGCGGGUCGGAUAUCCACGAUCGAGGGUAUCGUGCCGAAUGUCAGCGGGGAGGGUGAGGGAGCCAUCGUAUACAAGGAGCCGUACGGAGUAAUUCUGUCAAUUGCGCCAUGGAAUGCUCCUUUCAUUCUGGGUACGCGCGCUGUUGCGCUCCCUCUUGCGGCUGGAAACACCGUCGUCCUCAAGGGCUCCGAGCUCUCACCCAAGUGUUUCUGGGCUCUGGGUGACAUCUUCCGCCAGGCUGGUCUUCCGGCCGGAUGUCUGAACGUCAUCUUCCACCAGCCCUCCGACGCCCCGGCCGUCACCAACGCGCUGAUCGCCCACCAGGCUGUGCGCAAGAUUAACUUCACCGGUAGCACAAUGGUCGGCUCGAUUAUCGCUUCUACCGCAGGUAAACAUAUCAAGCCUGUGCUGCUCGAGCUGGGCGGCAAGGCGUCGGCGGUCGUUUUGGACGAUGCGAACUUGGACAAGGCUGCCAUGAACUGUGCCAUUGGAUCCUUCAUGCAUUCCGGUCAAAUCUGCAUGUCGACCGAGCGGAUUAUCGUGCAGCGCUCGAUCGCAGACGAGUUCCGACAGAAGCUUGCUGAGACAACUGAGAAGUUGUUUGGCAAGGACGCGCCCGCGCUAGUCCUGGUCAACACCGCGGCCGUCGCUAAGAACAAGAAGCUUGUGGCGGACGCUGUGUCUCGCGGAGCUAAGCUGCUGUUUGGCGACGCUAAUGCAAGCGAGUCCGUUAACACGGGCAUGCGGCCGAUCGUCGUCGACGGUGUCACAAAGGAGAUGGACAUGUUCGCGACCGAGUCGUUCGGUCCGACCGUGUCUCUCAUGGUGGUAGACACCGAAGACGAAGCGAUCGCACUGGCCAAUGACACCGAAUACGGCCUGACUGCGGCUCUGUACACCAACAACCUGUUCCGGGGGUUACGGGUGGCCAAGCAAAUUGACUCUGGGGCCGUUCACAUCAAUUCUAUGACUGUACACGACGAGUCUGUCCUCCCUCACGGAGGAUGGAAGAGCAGCGGCUUUGGUCGCUUCGGAGGAAUUUCAGGAUACGACGAAUUCCUCCAGACUAAGACUGUUACUUGGCAGGAGUAGAGGCUAGAUUCACAGGUACAUACGUUAUACGGAGUACAUCGGUGCCUACAUAUCAGACCUGUUUGAUUUGGCCCCGUUUUUGGUCCGUUUGGCCCCCGGCAAGAUUGGGCCGCCACGGGCGACUGUUUCCCUAGUUGUAUCGACAGGGCUUGGUUGGGGCUUGUUCUGGGCUUGUUUGGAGCCAAGUUGGGA